CGGUCCCAAAUUCCCAAACGCACCUAGUCAUAAACAUAUUUUCAAUCGUCGAUUCUGAGCUGGAAAAAGGCUCGAGAGGCGAGGCUGCGGCGGCAGAGACGUAGCGGGGUGUCAGUAAACGUUCGAGGCCUUUUCCUCGAGUCCCAAUUGAAAAUGGGAUUGCUCGCAAUGGCUUAUCGUCCGUAAUUAUUGGGCUAGUUGCGGGGCAUUUGGAAUGCGGUGACGUCAAGAUUCGGAUCGUUCUGGAAGAACGCUGCAGGACAAAGAUGGCGGAUCUGUACGCCAAGUACAAUUGCACCUACUGCCAGGAGGACAUUACGGGUCUUCGCGUCAAAUGCGUCGAAUGCCCGGAUUUCGACCUUUGCCUGCAGUGCUUUUCUGCUGGAGCUGAAAUAGGACAACAUAAAAAUGAUCAUUCUUAUCAAUUUAUGGAUUCUGGUACAAUCAGUAUAUUCAGUGGAAGAGGUAAUUGGACUGCAAGAGAACAUCUUAGGUUAUUGGAUGCUAUUGAACAGUUUGGUUAUGGUAAUUGGGAGGACAUUAGUAAGCAUAUCGAAACCCGAACACCGGAAGAGGCGAAAGAUGAAUAUAUUGCCAGAUACUUGGAUGGGAACAUUGGAAAAUAUACUUGGCCUUCUACGCAAAUCUAUACACCAAAUCUUACAGAUCAAACUCAUUCUGAUCAUGGUCCACUAUCACCAGAUUUAACGUCACGUUUACCACCUUUGGACAUAACAGCAGAUGAAGCCACUCAACUUGGUUAUAUGCCACAAAGAGAUGAUUUUGAAAGAGAUUACAAUCACGAAGCGGAAUCUCUUGUAUCUUCUUUAUUUUUAAAUCCUGCGGAAGAUGAUGAUCUUGACAUUGCACUGAAACUUGCACAAGUUGAUAUGUACACAAAUAAUCUUAGAGAACGAGCCAGAAGAAAACGCGUUGUACGAGAUUAUCAAUUAGUCUCAGCAUUUUUUGUGUCUUCCCGAAAAGAAAAAGGUGUUAAAAAGAAACAAACCAAAGAAGAAAAAGAUUUCAGGGAUCGUAUGAGAGUGUUUGCUCAAUUUUAUACAGCCCAGGAGUACGAACAAUUUCUAGCAAGCUUGGAAAGAGAGAGAGAACUGCGAUUACGUCUUUCAGAAUUGUAUCGUUAUCGAGAAAAUGGAGUUACUAGGCAUGAAGAAUGUACACACUUUGAACAAGUUAUGGCACAAGCACAGGGACAAGCAGAUGCUGUAGAUCACUGGACUGAUAAAAAAUCUGGCAGCAGUGGAUCAUCCAAAACAAUACACCGCCAAGCCUCAAGAAGAAGAGACGAAGAAAAAAGUUACUCUUUCAUCGACCGAAAAUCCACUGCAAAAACAGACUCAGCCACCAGCAGUUUCUUAGCCACCAAUCGGACGAUGACUCCAAUCAGUCAUUGGGGGGAGUCGGAUAGCAAUUCAAAUGUUUCAAAUCAACAUUCAACCAAUUCAAAUUCUAUUUUCGAGAGAGGCAACAAUUCAUGGACACCAGGAAAAUUAUUAGGAAAUCAAGGAGAAAACGAAAUAAGAGAUAUAGAAGUCGAAGCUGCAUCGCAUCUUCUCACCAAACAAGAAAAACUAUUGUGUCUUCAGCUGGACUUAAAGCCAACACAGUACCUUACUCAAAAAGCGCUCUUAUUGCAGGAAUAUUUGAAUGGUAAUAGAAGAUCAAGUAUAGUUCCUCAAUCAGAACCAGAGAGCAAAAUUCUUCAUUAUCUAGUAUCCAAUGGUUGGAUAGCUGCUAAUUAAAUAAUUUUUCAUAGUUGAAGCUCCUGUUCUAAGUCAACUCAGAUUUUAAGCUAAGUCAUACUGCAGCUUAAGUUAUUAACGUUAAAGCUCUUUCAAAUCAAAUGCAAAUUUUCACGUUUAAUUAUUUUAAUCAGUCUUCAACUCAUAA